AUGGAGGAGAGAAAGUUGCUCGCAUUGAUGGUCUUUUCCUCACUUGUAGUAUUAGCAGAAACUGUUGCUCAAAAGCAUGCUAUUGAAAUCUACAGCCUCCGCGUGGACUGCAGGGUCACAUCGCGAUUUGCUCACACUGUCAUCACCAGCAAAAUUGUCAACCGAGCUAAUGAGUCCAGAGAGGCAACCUUUGAAGUGGAGUUACCCAAGACGGCCUUCAUCACCAACUUCUCCAUGUCCAUCGAUGGUAAAGUAUACCCAGGAAUAAUAAAGGAGAAAGCUUCUGCUCAAAAGGAAUAUGACACUGCGGUCUUGCACGGGCAGAGCGCCGGCCUCGUCAAAAUCACAGGCAGAAAACUGGAGCAGUUUCACGUGUCCGUCAGCAUCGCGGCCGCCAGCAAAGUCACUUUUGAGCUGACGUACGAGGAGCUGUUGAAGCGGCAGCUGGGGAAGUUUGAGCUGCUGAUCAAGGUCCGACCAAAGCAGCUUGUUAAGCACUUCCAGAUCGAUGUGCACAUCUUCGAGCCCCAGGGCAUACGCUUCUUGGAGACAGACAGCACAUUCAUGACAAAUGAGUUAACUGAGGCGCUCACAAAAGUGCAGAAUGAAACCAAGGCUCAUAUUUUAUUUAAGCCAACUGUAGAUCAACAGAAGAUAAAUCCUGAACUCGAUGAAACCCUCCUCAACGGUGAUUUUGUUGUGCGUUAUGAUGUUAAGAGAGGUGCUACUGCAGGUGAUAUACAGAUUGUCAAUGGGUAUUUUGUGCAUUACUUUGCACCCCAUGAAAUGCCAGUGUUUCCCAAAAACGUCAUCUUCGUUAUAGAUCGAAGUGGCUCCAUGACAGGCAGAAAAAUUGAACAGACGAGGGAUGCCCUGUUGAAGAUUUUGCAAGAUCUCCGCCCAGAAGAUCAUUUCAGCUUUAUCACCUUUAACAACAAAGUGGUGGAGUGGAAGAGCUCUUUGCUGCAAGCCACUGCAGAGAAUGUGGCGAGUGCUGCAGGAUUCGUGCAAACUCUUUCUGCUAGUGGAGGCACCAAUAUCAAUCGUGCCCUGCUGACUGCUGUGAGCGUGCUGGAUAAAGCUGAGGGGCUGCCAGAGAGGAGCGUCUCCAUGAUUAUUUUGCUGACAGACGGCCAGCCCACUUCUGGUGAGAGUAAUGUGGAAGUAAUUCAAGAAAACAUUCAGAAAGCAGUCAAUGGGAAAUACAUUCUUUUCUGCCUUGGCUUUGGGUUUGAUGUCAGUUAUAAUUUCCUGGAGAAAAUGUCCCUAAGCAAUGGGGGAAUAGCACGUCGUAUAUAUGAAAACGCUGAUGCAGCCUUGCAGCUCCAGGGCUUUUAUCAAGAGGUGGCUACCCCAAUAUUAAUGAAAAUUGAAAUGCAGUAUCCAGAAAAUGACGUUGAGGGAUUAACCAAGAACAAUUUCAAGCUCUUUUUUGAAGGAUCUGAAAUUAUAGUAUCUGGAAAAAUUAGCAACGAGCUCAAUCUUUUGCCAGUAGAAAUUAAAGCUCAGUCACACGCUAGUGACUUGACUUUUAAAGAAGAAGCAGUGGUCAAAGAGAAGGGGCAGGUAUUUCAAAAUCAAAGUUACAUCUUCGGGAAUUUCAUAGAGAGACUGUGGGCUUACUUAACCAUUCAACAGCUUCUGGAAAAAUCUAUUUCAGCACAAGAGGAGGGCCGGAAAACCCUGGAGGGAAAAGCCUUAGAGCUGUCUCUGCAGUACAGCUUCGUUACACCCCUCACUUCCAUGGUGGUCACCAAACCCACUGGCCAGCAGCAGACGGAGCUGGCGAACAAACCCACUGAAGCUGAUAAUGAGAAGCCCAUCAGUUUUCCAGUAGGAGAUGCUUAUAGACUGAGGAGUGGAUUACCUCCUGGUCGAUGGCGCCCUGAGCCCCAGCCUGUCAGCAACAAGAAGGUUAUUUCAGUUGUCAGGCUAAGAGACAAAACGAGAGCACAACCUCUUGCCGAUGAAUAUCCACAGCUUCUCUUGCAACUACCCAAACAAAAUGAAAUAAUCUGUUUAAAUACUGAUGGAAAAGCACAACCCUCUGUUCACCUGCUGUCGGAUCCGGAGCAAGGACUCACUGUGACAGGGAAAAUUUGGAACAGAACGAAUCACUUUGUGCAGUUUGAAAUUACCUAUGUGACUCCCCCUGUGCGAAUCCAUGUCUCCACAAAUGAGAUCGUCCUAAGCCACAAUAAGGAGAGCACUCAGCUGCCAUGGACAGAGUCAGCCACCUCCACCAUCCAGGGGUUGAGUGUCUCAGUUGAAAAGGAAACAAGUGUUACAGCAUCAUUGUCUGAUACAGUCACAGUAAAAAUUUCUUUUGUGAAGUUUCCAGAUUAUUUCCUUGGGCUGUAUUUCUUGAAUACUGACCGUUUUUCUGGCAGAGUCAGUGGACCUCUGGGUCAAUUUUAUUCAAAAGCACGAUUUGAGAAUAAUUCUAACAUCAGUCAGAGAGCUGACGAAAGACUCCUGCGUGUGUCUGGGUCUGAGCACAAAGCUACCAGGCAAUACAAGAAAGAUUACAGGCUUGAGUCAACCACUGAUCAUGUUUUCUGCUGGUCAAUAGAUCUAACUCCCUAG